AUGAACCCUGUGGUGCAAUUCGACGGGAAUGACAACAAAGCAACCAACAACGAGAAACCGAUAAACCACUGGGCUGAAGAAGACGAUUCUGAUAACGACUCUGAUUACACACCCGAUGCUCAGGAUGGCUCUGACGCGGAAUCAGACGAUGAUUACAGCAGCCAGUCUCCAAAGACUCCAGUAGAAAUGACGACUGUGAUUCCCAAACGAAAGGCAAGCGACGUAGAGGAAGAAGUUUCCUUUGAUGAUGCUGCGACUAUCAAAAAGACAAGGAUUGAGGCGACGGAUUUGGAUGCAGAAGCCAAGCGCAAAGCACGCGUAGACGCUAUUUGGGCUGAAAUGAACAAAAGGGAAGAACCCAAACGGAGAGCAUUGGUGCAGGACACGACAAAGCAGCCGUUGGAUGAUAUUUCUGCUACAUUGAAUGAUAACAAGUCAUCAACAUCGGAAAAGAGUAAAAGCGCUUCAACGAUGAUGACGGGCAAAAUUGCCACUACCACCAGCACCAUCAACAACAGCACAAAGUCGACAUGCACCAACAACACGCGAACUCCAACACGUCGACCUGGCAUUGUACGACCUAAAUCAACACUAUCUGCGCUUGUGUCACAAUACAAUAUCAAGGUGCCCAAGAUGAAUACACUUGAAAAGAGUCGUUUGGAUUGGAAUGGCUACGUUGAAAAGGAGGGUAUUCGUGACGAGCUCAAGUACAAGAACAAGGAUGGCUACAUGGAAAAGGUUGCUUUCUUGCAACGUGUCGAUGAUCGACGUCUAUCCCACUUGAAGGCAGGCCAAAAAGCAUCCAAAAGAUGA